AUGCGCAUGAUACUGCGGUUCCACUACUAUGGCACGCUCCAACUCACCUUGAAUCGGCGCUCCUGUCAUUCGGGUGCGGGGCUUGUACGGGCGACCAAUACACGCCCCAAAGCCUCAAUCAGCAGCCAAUCCAACGACGGCAGAGGCGGACCUGUGGCUGCAUUCUCACACUUGGUUUCACUAUGCGCUCGUAAAAACGGCUCCGUCUACUACAAACGCGGCGGUGCAGGUGCUCUGUCUCUUCGGGAGAGGAUGCGGAUGGAAGGACGGGGGAGGGAAGGGAUGAAGGGAAACGCCACGAGGAGAGAAAAUAGGAUAUGA